GCCGAGUGAGGAUAAGCAGUACUGAAAUGAAUGGAUGGAACAAUACGUCUACAUUUUCAUAUGUCGCUAGCGUGGUUACCCUGUGACGUACUAGACGUCACGUCCUGUCGCGCCAGACACGCAGCCGGUUCAGGCCAGUUCACGACGCGCAAAAGUGUGGAGUGUCUCGCGGAGCCGAGCGAUCCGAGCUGUCAACACAGCACCGCCACUGCACUGGCACUGUGUCCGCACCAUAUUUUGCGCUGUUACAGUCGCGUCUCGUAUUUAACGACGUUUCCCCCCAGAUAACAUCUGCUGUUAUCUCAGCAUGACUCGAAGGUGAUCUUCAGCGUGUCCAGGUGGUUCUGGGGUUCCAGGUUGGUGUGUUAAGAGCAAGCUAACAGCAAGAGACCACCUGGGGAAGUCCGUCCUAGGCUCUCAAGUGACUAAGGAGGGAGCUUUGCAUCAUGGAGAAGGAAGAACUAAAGGUCCUCAACAAGGGGGAAGAAGAAGAGAUGGAGUUGCAAGGCUACCGUUUGUGCCGCUUGCGACUGGCACUGGUGGGUCUUGGGGUGCUGUGUACAGGGGGCUUCCUACUCCUGGUGCUCUACUGGAAACCAGAGUGGUGCGUCAAGGCCACCUGCGUCCCUACCAUGGCCUGUGAUGCCGAAGUGGUGUUGCUGCAAUCAACGGAUGAGUUCCGGCGCUGGUUCCUGGCUAAGGUUCAAGUGAUUCUAGCCCCAGGAAGCAACCCCUUCCACAACCUGGAGACCCAAACCACCUCCCCUUCUUCCCCGUCCUUCCCUUCUUGUCCCUUCUCCUCUUCCGUCCCAUCUAUGGCCAAUGGAGACACACUCCCCUCUUCCGAUGGGAUCACAGCUCGGGAGCUCAUCAGAAGAUAUGUCGACUACCAGCCUACAAGGAUUCGUUAUUUUACCCUCCACAGCACAAAAUAUUAUUGGAAUGACAGAGUGCAGAACUUUGAAGUUUUAACUGGCCUGGAUGAUCUCCAUGUUACCCCUUCCGCUCUCCACUCAGAGCACAGCAAAGGCCUAACCAGGAACCAGCAAGAAUACAGGAGACAGUUUUUUGGAUUGAAUAGAAUUGAAGUGAAAGUGCCUUCUGUUUUCAAGCUGCUUAUCAAAGAGGUCCUAAAUCCUUUCUAUAUCUUCCAGCUCUUCAGUGUGAUAUUAUGGAGUGCCGAUGAAUAUUACUAUUAUGCUGUUGCCAUUCUUAUCAUGUCAUUUAUAUCCAUAGCUACCUCUCUAUAUACCAUAAAAAAGCAAUAUGUCAUGCUCCAUGAUAUGGUGGCAGCUCACAGUAUUGUCCGUGUAUCUGUAUGCAGAGCCAACAAUGAUAUUGAAGAGGUUAUGUCUACUGAUUUGGUGCCUGGGGAUAUGAUAGUCAUCCCCAGCAAUGGGACCAUUAUGCCAUGUGAUGCCGUGCUGGUCAGUGGCACCUGCAUUGUCAAUGAAAGCAUGCUGACAGGUGAAAGUGUUCCAGUGACAAAGACCAACCUUCAAAACACGUUGCCAGGGGAGAGUGGCGAUGAGGUUAUGAGUCCCUAUAGCAUAGAGGAGCAUAAAAGACACACACUCUUCUGUGGCACUAAUGUCAUCCAGACGCGUUUUUACACUGGUGAACUGGUCAAAGCUGUAGUCGUCCGCACAGGCUUCAGCACAGCCAAAGGCCAGUUGGUACGCUCCAUCCUUUACCCCAAGCCCACAGACUUCAAGCUGUACCGUGAUGCCUACCUUUUUCUGUUGUGUCUGGUGGGUGUGGCUGGGAUUGGCUUUGUCUACUCCAUCGUCCUUAGCAUCAUUAACAAGGUUUCAGCCAAGACCAUCAUCAUCGAAUCCCUGGACAUCAUUACCAUCACGGUUCCCCCAGCGCUGCCCGCAGCCAUGACGGCUGGUAUUGUGUAUGCCCAACGACGGCUUAAAAAUAUUGGCAUAUUUUGCAUCAGCCCACAGAGGAUUAAUAUUUGUGGGCAAAUUAAUCUGGUCUGCUUUGACAAGACAGGAACUCUUACCGAAGAUGGUUUAGACCUAUGGGGAGUCCAAAGAGUAGAGAAUGGCAGUUUCCAGCAAUCCGAUGAAAAAGUCUCCACGGAAAAUCUAGUAAAGUCACAGUUUGUUGCUUGCAUGGCCACCUGCCAUUCUCUUACCAAAAUAGAGGGCAAGUUGUCUGGAGACCCACUUGACCUCAAAAUGUUUGAAGCUACUGGCUGGAUCCUUGAGGAAGCCACUGAGGAAGAAACGGCUCUCCACAAUCAUAUCAUGCCAACUGUGGUUAGACCCUCAAAGCAGCUGUUGCCCCCACAGCCCAUGUCACCAGAGCAGGACAUGGAACUUUAUGACCUGCCUGUACAGUAUGAGAUAGGUAUCGUCCGCCAGUUUCCGUUUUCCUCUGCACUCCAGAGGAUGACUGUGGUGGCUCGUCUGUUAGGGGAGAAACGUAUGGAUGCCUUCAUGAAGGGAGCACCAGAAGUGGUGGCUCGCAAAUGCAAGAUGGAGACAGUGCCAGAUAAUUUUGCAGAGGUCUUGGAGUGCUACACCAAGCAAGGUUUCCGAGUAAUAGCUAUGGCUUACCGACGUCUUGAAUCCAAGCUCACGUGGCACAAGGUCCAGAACGUAAACAGAGAUCACAUCGAGACAAACAUGGAGUUCCUGGGUUUGAUAAUCAUGCAGAAUAAGUUGAAAACAGAAACUCCGGCAGUGCUGCAGGAUCUCCACAGAGCCAACAUCCGUACUGUCAUGGUUACGGGGGAUAACAUGCUGACAGCCAUUUCUGUGGCUCGGGACUGUGGAAUGAUCCUUCCACAGGACACAGUCAUAAUUUCAGAUGCUAUACCCCCACAUGAUGGACAGGCUGCUAGAAUCACCUGGAGGUGUGCUGACAAGUCAAGUAUGGCAGCACAUCUGAAGGAAGUGAACAUCAGCCUGGAGGAUGUCUGUCAUAUAGAUGAACCCAAAGAGCAAGAGCGGUACCAUUUUGCCAUGAACGGAAAGUCAUUUGCGGUCAUCUCGGAGCAUUUCCCAGACAUGCUUUCAAAGUUGGUGCUACAUGGGACAGUGUUUGCCAGAAUGGCCCCGGAUCAGAAAACCCAACUCAUUGAGGCACUACAGGACGUGGACUACUUUGUGGGGAUGUGUGGAGAUGGAGCAAACGAUUGUGGGGCUUUAAAGAGGGCUCAUAGUGGCAUCUCUUUGUCAGAGCUUGAGGCUUCUGUAGCCUCUCCAUUCACUUCCAGAACACCUAAUAUCUCUUGCGUCCCAAGCCUCAUUAGGGAGGGCCGUGCUGCUCUCAUCACCUCCUUUUGUGUAUUCAAGUUCAUGGCCCUUUACAGCAUCAUCCAGUACAUUAGUGUCACUCUCCUCUACUCCAUUCUCAGUAACCUAGGAGAUUUCCAGUUCCUCUUCAUUGAUAUUGCCAUCAUCCUUGUCAUUGUUUUCACAAUGAGUCUGAAUCCGGCAUGGAAAGAACUUGUUGCACAUCCUCCUCCAUCAGGCCUGAUCUCAGGGCCUCUGCUCUUCUCUGUGCUGAGCCAGAUCCUCAUCUGCUUUGGCUUCCAGACUCUUGCAUUUAUUUGGGUUCAACACCAGCCAUGGUACACUAUCUGGACACCGCUUUCAGAUGCCUGCAACGUGUCGUCACACACAAAUAUGUCCAACCUCAACCGCAGUGAAGUGGAUGACCACAACAUCCAAAACUAUGAGAACACCAGCCUUUUCUAUGUAUCUUGCUUCCAGUACCUUAUUGUUGCUAUUGUCUUCUCAAAGGGCAAACCCUUUAGGCAACCAAGCUACAAGAAUUGGCUUUUUGUUGUGACUGCUUUGAUUUUGUACUUUUUCCUUUUCGUCAACAUGUUCUACCCUGCUGAAGCCAUAGAUGAAUUUCUGGAGAUUGUUUGUGUUCCACUUGAUUGGAGACUAAAACUCCUGCUUAUUAUCGUGGUCAAUGCUGGUGUGUCUGUUGUGGUAGAGACCUUCUUCAUUGACAUCGUCUUAUGGAAGGUUGUGUUCAGCAGAGACAAGCAGGGCAUCGCUCCUGCUGCCUCACCACCACAGAAAGGCACUGAGCUGUUGGCAGACAAGUGUAUGUACUGCCCAAACAAGGUGACCCGCAAGGCUCGCUACAUGCAUCUGGCCCAGGAGCUCCGCGUGGACCCAGACUGGCCCCCAAAACCAACCACUACUACUGAAGCCAAGGCCUGCCCUGAAAAUGGCUCCUCUUAUCAAAUCAUGACCAUUUCCUAGCAUCCCAAAGCCUCUGCCAUUAACUAACACUUUUCAGAUAGGGACUAUCAAAGUGAUGAUUAUGUUUAUAUUAUUUAACUUAUUGAAGAGCUUGACUUGAGCUCCGCUGGUCGUGAUGGUUGUAUAAUAGUCGUUCCAAAAAUUUGCAUUUGAAUGAAAAGUGCGUGGGUCAGCCAUUUGUGGGCCCAGAUCUUCAGUCAGUGAAAUGAAAUUAAAAUAUUUCCAUGAUAUUGCAAGUGGAGGUUGGUGGAGAGCUUACGAGCAAGGUCCAAUUAGUAUGUUGACAUUAAUAUACAGUCAUGGUAAAAAUUAUGAGACAUUUUGUUUUCAAUUUCAUGUUCAUUUCAAUGCCUUGUACCACUAAAGGUAUACAGUGCCGUGAAAAAGUAUUGGCACACUUCUCAAAUUUUUGGAUAGUUUGUUUUUGGCACUUUGUUUAAGGUCAUCAAAAAUGUUUUAAUAUCAGACAAAUAUAACCCAAGUGAACUUAAAAUGCUGUUUUUAAAUGAUUUAAUUUAUUUAGGGGAAAAAAACUAUUCUAAGUUAACUGUGUGUGCAAAAGUAAUUACCCCCCUUAUUAAAUCAUGAAUUAAUUGUGGCUAGUCACAAUUUUUUGGUUAAUUUUCACUGAUCACACUCAAGCCUGAUUACUUCCAGACCUAUUCAAUCAAGAAAUCACGAACAGAAUCUGUCCCGACAAAAUCAAGUCGGACAAAAGAUAUAAAAAAUCUGCAACAAAAUGAGACGAUGCAAAGAAAUUUCAGAACAGUCGAGAAAUAAAGUAAUUGACAUCUAUCAGUCUGGAAAGAGUUACAAAAGCCAUUUCUAAAGCUAUAGGAUUCCAUACCAUAGGGAGAACCAUUAAACUCACAUGGCGAAAACAUGGAAUAGUGAUGAACCUUCCCAGGAACGGCCCGCCUACAAAGAUUAUACCCUAAGAACACAGUAAAGACUCAGCCGAAGGCCACAAAGGAAUUCAGAAAAACUUGUCAUGACUUGCAGACCUCUAUUGCCUUAGUUGAAGUCAGUGUUUAUGACAACUCAAUAAGGAAGAGACUGGGUGAAACUGGCAUCCAUGGCAGAGUUCCAAGGCAAAAAACAUUGCUGACCAAAAAGAACAUAAAGGUUAAUCUUACUUUUGAAAAAAUAAUUUAAAAAAACAUCUGAAUGAUUCCCAAGACUUGUGGGAGAAUAUUAUAUGCACUGACAAGAUGAAAGUUGAGCUUUUUGGAAGGUGUGUGUUACAUCUGCCGUAAAUGUAGCACAGCAUUUAAAAAAAAGAACAUCAUACCAGCAGUCAAACAUGGCCGUGGUAGUGUGAUGGUCUGGGGCUGAUUUCUCCUUCAGGACCUCGACAACUUGCUGUGAUUGAUGGAACCAUGAAUUCUGCUCGCACGGAAAAUCCUGAAGGAGAAUGCUCAGCCAUCAGCUUGUGACCUCAAGCUGAAGCGCACUUGGGUUCUGCAGCAGGACAACGAUCCAAAACACACCAACAAGUCAACUUCUGAUUGGCUUUAAAAAAACAAAAUGAAGGUUUUGAAGUGGCCUAGUCAAAGUACAGACUUGAAUCUGAUUGAAAUGGAGUGGCAUGACUUAAAAAGGCUGUUCUUGCUUGAAAACCCUCCAUUUUUGCUGAAUUAAAACAAUUCUGCAAGGAAGAGUGGGCCAAAAUAUCCCCGCAGAGAUAUGAUAGACUCAUUACCAAUUAGAGAAAAUGCUUGAUUUCUGUUGUUGCUGCUGAGGAUGGGCCAGCCAGUUAUUAGGUUUUGAAAUCACCAUUUAAAAACAGCAUUUGGGUUAUAUUUGUCUGAUUUUCACGUUUGUUUGAUCUUAAAAAUUAAAGUGGGGUAACUAUGCAAAAAUAGAAGAUUUUCUUUUCACUGCACCGAAUUACCUGAAUACAAUAAACACAACAAAAAUGCAGCUGAUUUCCUAAUAUUGUAUGUCCUAUUUGGGAUUAAUUGUAUUCCCAAUGAUUUUGGUAAUCAAGAAAGCUAUAGGAAAUGGCUAGAUAUCAGCUAGAUAAUCAAACUCUUUAUGAGCUAUUUUUGUUAUUAUAUUUGUCUAAACAAAGUUGGCACCGCAGGAGUUUUGAUUGUAUUGUCUUGUUUAUAUUUGUCCCAAAAUUGUUCUCACCAUUCUGGCAUUGAGCAAAUAGAAAUAAUAUUGGUAAUUGCCUCAAACAGGACAAUUUUAGUCUGAUUUCAUGUCAGGCAGUCAAGAAAAAAAGCCUAAUGUCUUUUUAUAGUCAUACUCAAAAAAAUUGGCACUGAUUGGUACUGACAGUACCUUUAGUUCUACCAGGCAUUAAAACCGAAGAAGAAACUGAACAAAGUUGGUCUCCUGGUAAUAUUUUCAUUCCAUGACUUUACAUGUAUUGGAAAGCUCAUAGACGCAAGUCAAACAAUAUACAGUGGGUAUGGAAAGUAUUCAGACCCCUUAAAUUUUUCACUCUUUAUGUUGCAGUCAUUUGCUAAAAUCACUUUUAAUUUGUUUCCUCAAUGUACACACAGCACCUGAUAUUGACAGAAAAAAACGGAAUUGUUGAAAUUUCACACAGCCAUAAGUAUUCAGACUGUUAGCUGUGACACUCAAAUAUUUAACUCAAGUGCUGUCCAUUUCUUCUGAUCAUCCUUGAGAUGGUUCUACACCUUUACUGGAGUCCAGGUGUGUUUGAUUAUACUGAUUAGACUUAAUUAGGAAAGCCACACACCUGUCUAUAUAAGACCUUACAGCUCACAGUGCAUGUCAGAGCAAAUGAGAAUCAUGAGGUCAAAGGAACUGCCUGAAGAGCUCAGAGACAGAAUUGUGGCAAGGCACAGAUCUGGCCAAGGUUACAAAAUAGGUUUCUGCUUCACUUAAGGUUCCUAAGAGCACAAUGGCCUCCAUAAUCCUUAAAUGGAAGAGGUUUGGGACGACCAGAAUCCUUCCGAGAGCUGGCCGUCCCGCCAAACUGAGCAAUUAGGGGAGAAGAGCCUUGAUGAGAGAGGAAAAGAACACAAAGAUCACUGUGGCUGAGCUCCAGAGAUGCAGUCAGGAGAUGGGAGAAAGUUCUUGAAAGUCAACCAACACUACAGCCCUCCACUCGUCGGGGCUUUAUGGCAGAGUGGCCCGACAUAAGUACAUACAUAAAAGCCCUCACGGAGUUUGCUUAAAAAAAAAAAACAAAAAAAAAAAAAAACACCUGAACGACGCCAAGAUGGUGAGAAAUAAGAUUCUCUGGUCUGAUGAGACCAAGAUAGAACUUGUUGGCCUUAAUUCUAAGCAGUAUGUAUGGAGAAAACCAGGCACUGCUCAUCACCUGUACAAUAGAGUCCCAACAGUGAAGCAUGGUGGUGCCAGCAUCAUGCUGUGGGGAUGUUUUUCAGCUGCAGGGACAGGACGACUGGUUGCAAUAAAAGAAAAGAUGAAUGCGGCCAGGUACAGGGAUAUCCUGGACGUAAACCUUCUACAGAGUGCUCAGGACCUCAGACUGAGCCGAAGGGUCACUUUCCAUCAAGACAAUGAUCCUUAACACGCAGCUAAAAUAACGGAGGAGUGGUUUCAGAACUAUGUGACUGUUCUUGAAUGGCCCAGUCCUGAUUUUAAACCCAACUGAGCAUCUCUGGAGAGACCUGAAAAUGGCUGUCCACCAACGUUCACCAUCCAACCUGACAGAAGUGGAGAGGAUCUGAAAGGAGGUAUGGCAGAGGAUCCCCAAAUCCAGGUGUGAAAAACUUGUUGCAUCAUUCCCAAAAAGACUCAUGGCUGUAUUAGCUCAAAAGGGUGCUUCUACUAAAUACUGAGCAAAGGGUCUGAAUACUUAGGGCUGUGUGAUAUUUCAGUUUUUUUCUUUAAUAAAUCUGCAGAGAUUUCAACAAUCCUUUUUUUUCUGUCAAUAUGGGGAGCUGUGUGUACAUUAAUGUGGAAAAAAAAUGAACUUAAAUGAUUUUAGCGAAUGGCUGCAAUAUAACAGAGUGAAAAAUUUAAGAGGGUCUGAAUACUUCCCGUACCCACUAUAUUUGUAUUUUUCAUGAUUACUGACAACUGCUGUAUAACGAGUCAGACUACGAAAGAGCUCAAUGCCAUACUGGAGUCUUGGAUAGAUUUUUCAUGACAAAAAGCAAUUAGUAGUUGGCUACAGGAUUGCCAAACUAUUAUCCUUUUAUUUCAAAAGUAGUUAUCCAUAAAUUUAUUGUGCAUAUGUAAUAUGAGGCGAUUAAACAUUAUGGUUUCAUAGUCUUAAUGACACUCUGAGCGAAACUUACUACAAUGUGGCCUGCGACGAAAAUGAGACACCCUUGCUUUAAAGGGGACAUAUUUUGCCAAACCAACUUUUUCUAGUGUUUGGGAUGUAAUAUUGUCUCUAUGGUGCCUCAGUAAACGUGAACAUAUGAAUUUAGUCGUCCAUGCAUUCCUAAGUUCCAGCUGUUUUUCUUGCGAGUUGACUGAAAUCAGGUCAUUUGAAUUUCUCGACCUAUGCCACUAGGGAAAAUCUCAGCCUUCCCUUUCUGCCCCGAGGCAGCGUGCUCUCACGAGUGGGUCUUCUACACAGAGGCAACCCAUCAGAGGAAAAGGGGCGGUCUUAGCCAAAUAUUGACAAAGCAGAUACAAUACUGGGUCAAACAGAAGUAGCUGUCAGGUUUUUUUUUUCUGGAAACUCAUGAUUAAUCCAAGAUGUUUUUUGAAAUGAAAUUGACUUUUAUACUAAGUUCAUCUGAGAAAUUCACUCUAUGGAGGUCUAAAUAGACACAAUACGGAACCUUGAAGGCAUCAGGAGCAGUAGAAUCAUGUUCUCGCGUCGCACUUUAGGACCGACGCGGAAAAACCAGUAACGUUGUUUUGAAACACUAAUGCUAGCAAUGUAACAGCCGUAAUGAGUUAUUUACAAACGGACAUGUUCACGUUAUUGAAAGGCGUGGCUUUGGUUAGAGAUACGGGGGGCGCGGCGCUAAAUGGAGACUCCAUUCAAAUCUUGGCACCAGUUUGAAAACUGCAUGACUCACCUUUUAAAAUUAUAUGUAUCCAAGUAGGCAACUCAAUCAAAUGCACUGGGUAAGAAGAGACUGGAACACCUGAACUGCUGCUGUCAACUUUGUAUCUACAAAUACUCUAAUCUAUUUGGAAUAUUUUAUGACAGAACCCCGUUCAGAAAAACAUAGAACAGAUAUUUUUGACUUGUUCUUGUUAAACAUACCGUGUGCCCACAGUCACGAUACUUACUUUUCUAUUUCUUUUCUGGUGUCAUUUGGAGAAACCUGAGGCUAUCAGCAUUUGACAUCGGGUUUCCAAUUUUAGUAAGAGUACUACUGUAUAUCAGUCCUUUGCUCUUGGCACACCAAUUAACAUUCAAACAGCGUUGCAAAAUUGCCGCCUGGCAGGUUUUUCUGCCAACGGCUGCAGUACAGUCCAGUGCAGCCCGCCGGAUAGACUUUCCCUGGCUUUGCGCGAACGCCUGCUUUAGAAAUUUGGGGUUUUCUUCAGACUUUACACCCAUUUUAUCGGCCUGAUCGGUAUCGGCCGAUAAUUAGCAUUUUAUGCUGAUCGGCUGAUUGGCUUUGUCAUAAUUCGCCGAUGCGAUCAAUGAUGUCAUUGAUCGGCUCCGUAAAAGACAUUUACUCUGCGUCGCCAUCAUGCACAGUAUAUUUGAAUCCAAAAGCUAGUUUAUUUUUAGCUUUGUCGCGUGUCUUUUGACAUAGUCCUGUCAAAUAUCUGACGGCCAAUAGUUAUUUAAAAAAAAAAAAAAAACAUGUUGGCGGUGUGUAACAGACAACACGUAAUGCUCGGAUCAGACGACAAGACAAAUUUGCGCUUUCACGAUUGCACUAUGUCAGACUACUGCAAUAAAAUCUUGUAUUCCGAUACCACCGUAUCCCGUUUUUUACGAUCAUUGGGCUUUAUCUUGUCAACUCAAAUGCGACCGGAUACACUCAUUACCGUGGCGACGACAACAAGGGUGGAUCGCGCCGACUGUAUGAUAAGGACAAAAUGGGGGAAAACGUGUGUUGGUGGUCACCGGUGCUCAGGAGAGGAGAGGUCGUGUGUUUAAGGCUUGCUUGAGGUAUGUUCAUGUACUUUUAAUACGAUACAGCUCGCAAGCAGGCAACAAAACGUUUUGUAGCCUAGCAAGCUAGUGGUAGCACGAACGGUUGUACGUAAACAUGCAGCCAUUCUGUCGAAUCAUGCUCUAAAGUUUCGGUGUAGGUGAAGUAAUUUAAUUACAGUAAGUUGGUACCCAUUAUAAUGUUGGUGUGACUUGACUGAUUAGAAUACACAAUCUGACUAGAGCAGUGAUUUCCAAACUUUAUGGAGCCAAGGAACAUAUUUUACAAUUGUAAAGCCUCACGGCAGACCAACAAACAAUAAUGUCACAAAAAGUGGAUACAUGAGUUACUAUAUUUACUUCCUGCCAUCUAAUAGAAGACAAUUUAUUUGUUCUUUCUGUCACUAUGCCUCACUGCCAUAAAUAGAAGAACAAAGAUUCAGUAUUUAUUGUAAAUAUAAUUUUUGGCGCAAUUAAGUACACAAGUAUAUACAGUAAAUGAACAGGUCAUUUAAAUAGACACAUUCCUCCAUCUUGUGAUCGGUUAUUGGCUUUUUAAAUUCACCGAUCGGCCCCAAAAAUCCUGAUCGUGUAAAGCCUGUUGGUAGAAACAGGGCUCACGCUGCUUGGUUUGUCAAGAACAGAUCCUGUUAAAAAAAACAAAAACUUGCCAUUGGUAGAGUGAAUUGUACUCUGCGUUGGAGCAGUUUGACAGCCUUUAAACUGCUCAAACUCGUGCAAAACUCCAUUUGGGGACAGAAAAACGAAUUGGCAGGUGUCCAUUUUGCAACGCUGCUCAAUAAAAUAUUAUUAGAAAAACUGAAAGCCUAUUGUAUGUCAAAUGCAAAUGGCCUCUCAUCUGACUUAAUGAUACCUAUAACAAAAUAGGACAACAGAAGCGUAUAGUUACUUUUGGGAAAACCUGUCAAUUAUAAGUCAGUGGUGAGGAUUUUAGAGCUAGUGAAUUGUUGAUGAAAUUACAUGAAAUAUCGGUACUCAACAACUAAGCAUAGCGAACACUGAUGAAAUCUGAUAUCUUUCUGGACUAUGAGAGACAGCCUCUAAGAAUGGAGCGUUAGCCCUAAUUCAACAUUGCAUUUGCUUUGUUCCUACCAAGCCACACUGUUUUGCUGCUGACCACAAGUGUGAUCAUUAAUGUAUCCUAAUUUAGAGAGCAACAUAGUUGUCAUCUCAGUGGAAAAUAAUUUGGUAAUUUAGAGACGGGUCAUGCAAAGACACAGAGUGCAUAUUUGCAGGUUGUUGCAUUGCCGUCGAGCUAUUACCACAGACAAGGUAAAAACUGUGGAAAUGUGCUUUGGUAUGUGAAUCAUCCAGUUAACCACAUGCAUGAGAAUGUCACUCUGAAGCAUCAAAAAUACAAACUCCGAGAGCCACUGCUACUUUUAUUUUUUUUUUAUUUUUAUUUUUUUAAACACAAAAUAAAACAUGUCUCCUCAUCUUAGCUAUAAAUCUCUUCCCAUGGAAGAAGAAUAGAAGGUGCAAUGGUUAAUGCAUUCGGCAUCUCAUCAGCUUGCUGCUUUGCCUUGUUGGAAGCAACACUGAAACAGUUUAAAUCCACACAGAUGCUUUAAGUUAAGUGCUGUCUGAUAUGUUCAAUGCGCUUUAAAAAAAAAAAAAAAAAAAAAGACUACUGCUGUUAUUCAUUAGUAAAUGUACCUAUUGGAGACAGUAGCCUACAUGUUUUUAGCUGUUGCUGCCCUGUACAUUUUUUAGCUGUUGUUGCCAACAAUGUGGUAGAAUCAGAUGGUUCUGUAUGCAAAAUGGUAGCAAGAGAACAAUUUGCACAGCAUCCAUUUCAAGCCACUAAAUAUUUGCCUAGUACUAAGAUAGUAUAUACUUUUCAGGCUCAAACGUUCUUCCAGAACAAAGAUACAUACCAGCUGCAAUGUUUGCAAGGUUCAUUCUGAAGUUCACAAAAGUCUGUAUUGCUACUCAUUUUGUGACUGACCCAAUGAAUUUUAUUGGUCUGUCCCAAAAAGUCAAUGUAUAACGUAACAUCAUUUUAGUUAUUUUGUUUCUACCAUGAAUCACAUGUAUUUUAUUUACUCAAUAAUUUUGUCCAAUAAAAUCAGCAUCACAAAGCCUUGCGGUGGCAUUAAAAUUGCCGCUCUUUAAAGAUAUUUUUAAUGAAUCGCUAUGAGAUACUUUUUUGAAGAUAAAGUGUAUUAAACCUGUGACCUAUUCCGUUUUAAUAGUGAUCAGAGUCCUGUGUGUGUUGUCACAAUGUUUCGGAUUAUGUUUGCCUGCUUGCAGAAUGAUUAAAAAAACAGGCCAUGUUGCUUUGUGCACCUGAUGUGCCCAAGCUUUUUUAAUAUUUGCUUAAUGGACAGACCACCUGAGGCACAAAUGUAUUGUUAUGAAGACAGCAUACAUGCUACCGAUGCAACACUGUUCAAACCCCACCCCCAACAGACAAUUUUGUUUUAAUUUGAGACAUGGAAUUAGCUGUAUACACAUAGUGCAGUAACUCCACUUGAACAAAAGUUUAAUAUAAUAUAAAAAUCUGAAUAUGUAGGUUUUUUUUUUAGAUGUACAUUUUCUGUGUGGAUAAAAAUCUGAAGAUAUUGAAAUAUUUUGACUUAAGGGCUGGUGUUGUGGUACUUCUUUUAGAAAAAUCAAGUCUAUGAUUAAUUUAUACGUUCUUGUAUUUAUUUGUAUGUUCCCUUUCAUAUCAAGUUGGAUUCAUUUGCAUUAUCUUGGGAAUGAAUCAUGGGCAUUUUCUUUCGGUUAGUUUGCUGCUGUUGCUUGGAUAAAUAUUUACAGUAUGUCUUGGGUCUGUGAGGUACACAAAGCAAAUUUCUGCUGUCGAAGUGUAGGAAAGUGGGAAACUGAUAAACUCGAACCUCCAUGAAUUGACUCAUUUCCACCGCUUUGUAACAAUUUUUUCAUUGACUGUGCACCAGAAUGAACAUAUUAAUUCUUAUACUGAAUGUCAUUCUAAACUUUCUGUGUGUAAAUAUUAACAUUUCUUCUUAGCUACAAACUUGCCUUUUAUUGUAAUCGAUAUAUCAAGUCCAUGGAUUUAUGUUGAAAUGUUGCUUUCAUGCAGGUACAAUAAAAUUUUGACAGGUAGGAUUAGCUUCCUAUUCUCAUGUUUCGUUGGCCACUAAGUGUAUUAAGGCUCAGAUGGAUGUUUCCUCAGGGCUAUAUGUAUAAUGAACAGAGAACAUGAUCAAGUUGAGAUUUAAAUGCAAAAAGGCAUCUUUAUUAUUACUCACCUGCUGUCAGUAAAGAUAAUUGAAUUUGUUUGAUAGUUUCUGCACAUCAGCAAUCAGCUCACAUUUAUUUUUUUUGUCAGCAGAGAUGUGCAUGGUGUUGAAAUGUUUCUACUUAAUUUAUUGUAUAUUUAUGUUCCCCACAACAAUUGUAUUUUAGAUUUAUAUUUUGUUUCAAUAAAUGUUUUCAAAUAAUG